AUGAGUAACAUUAUUAAUGUUUUACAAAAACCACAAUUUGAUAAUGCUAUAAUAAGAAAGGAGUAUCACAGCUAUAUAUCAUAUUUACAAUCAUUUCAAAAUAAUGAUGAAAUUAGGAUUUCCAUUCAAAACCAAGACCUGUAUGUCGUUCCUGGUGAGAGUUUUUUAUACAUUGAAGGUUUUGCAACAAAAGCGGACUCUACAGUAUCAGCAUCGAUAAAGUUAUUAAACAAUUGCAUAGCACACUUAUUUGAUGAGAUAAGAUAUGAACUUAAUGGUAUAGAAAUUGAUCGUACACGUCAUUUGGGUAUAGCAACAGAAAUAAAAAAUUAUGUAUCAUUAAAUGAAAGCGAAAGUCGAAAUCUAGUCAACGCAGGAUGGGCUCCAUUUAAUACAGAUGAUCUUACUCUUGUGAGUGGAUAUUUUAAUUUUUGUGUUCCACUGAAAAUGCUUCUUGGAUUUGCUGAAGAUUUUGAUAAAAUUAUAGUUAAUGCUAAACAUGAAUUAAUUUUAUUGCGAUCAAAAGAUGAUACGAAUGUAUUGAAAUCUAUCAUUUCCAGUGAAACCUGUAAACUAUCAAUUUUAAAUAUUACAUGGAAAGUUCCACAUAUUCAACUUGCUGAUGUAUACAAGCUGCAAAUGCUUAAAGUAAUUAAUAACCGUCAACCACUAAAUAUAUCAUUUAGAACAUGGGAUAUGUAUUAUUAUCCUGCAGUUCCAUCGAAUACAAAAGUUUUAUGGAAUGUUAAGCUUGCAAAUGAAAAUGAGCGACCACGUUUUCUUCUUUUAGGAUUCAAAAGUAGUGAAAAAAAAUUUAUUCACUGUGAUAUAACAAACAUUAAGGUUCAUUUGAAUUCUGAUACAUAUCCAUAUGAUGAUCUUAACCUCAAGUUUGAUAGGAACCGUUUCGCCCUACUUUAUGAUAUGUAUAUAAAAUUUCAACAAAGCUAUUAUACACGUGAACCGCAACCUCUAUUAACGCGCGAAAAAUUCAAGGGUGAAGCACCGAUUAUUGUUCUUGAUGUAACACAUCAAAAUGAAACAGUAAAAACUGGCCCCAUCGAUAUACGAAUUGAAUUGGAAACAUCUAAAAAUAUAUCACCGAACACAUCUCUAUACUGUUUAAUUAUUCAUGAUAAAAUGUUUGAAUAUAUACCUCUAACAAAUGAAUAUCCUUGUAUAGGUAUUCUGAAUUAUCCAACGACAUGGACUAAAACCACAGGUAGAUCUGUGUCCAAAGUUGAGAUGAAGGAGAAACCAAGAUUAGCCAAAACUUUACCAAGUUGGAGAAUUCAAAAACGUUAUUUGAAUCCCACAUGCCCAAAAAGUACCUGCCGACAUAACGAAUCGCUUCGGGAAACUUCGAUUUUAUAG